AUGCAUCCACUAGGUCCCGGAAGGAGUCUCAACAAUGCAAGGCUCGUCGACCCCCUUAUCAACUUUGACGUCAUCAAGAAACAUCUCGACGUUUGUUCUAAGGUUCAUGGAGAUGCCUGCCAACCUUUCCGCAGUCAAGAGCUCUCUACAACAAAGAUGAUCGACGUCUUAUCUCGCAAGGUGGUCCCCUACCCACCUGAUUGCGAAUACAUGGCGCUGAGUUAUGUCUGGGGACAGGUCCACCCGCAAGAUGGGGCGCUAGAGUCCGGAACACUCCCAGCCACAAUCGAAGACGCCAUAACAGCGACAAAGAAAUUGGGCAUGCGACCAAUCAACGAACCCAACCCCGAACAGGCCAUCGCGAAACAGACGCAGCUCAAGAUGAUGGACAGGAUUUACGCGGGUGCGGCUCUCGUGCUUUUGCCGUAUCCGGGAGAGAUUCGAAUACGGGCUUACCCGGACUCUCCAUGA